AUCGGCUAUUAUUACUUCACUAAUAUGUUUGAUAUAUUGUAAGUUAAACAAAAAUCUAAAUUACUGGACUAGACUGGGUAUACGGGGACCGAAACCGUAUCCAUUGAUCGGUACAUUAAUCUAUCAAUUUCUGAAACCAAUCGGUGAACUAGAAAUCAAAUGGUUUCAAAAAUACGGUUCAAUUUACGGUCUAUUCAACAAAUCAAUACCAAUGGUAAGUGUCGGCGAACCGGAACUUCUGAAACAAAUUCUGGUCAAAGAUUUUCAUUUGUUUACUGACCGAAAACAACGUAAAUCCGAUCAUCGGGUUAUCAAUAAAAAUCUAAUCAGUUCUACGGGUGACGACUGGCGCCGAUACCGUACAAUAUUAAGUCCGGCCUUUUCUACCGGUAAAAUGCGUCAAAUGUUUCCACUUAUACGCCAAUGUCUUCAUGAUUUUGAACGGGUAUUACUCCAGAGGACAGCGUUGUCAGGGAUGUCCACCAUCACUGAAAUCAAUGCCAAAGAACAGACAUCUAAUUUUACAAUGGAUGUAAUAGCUACCUGUGCGUUUGCUACAAAAAUCAAUGCCUACUACGAAACCACCACUACCGGCAGUGCGGGCACCGGUAGUCUAGAAACAGACAAUCCGUUUGUCUAUCAUUCACGUCGGAUACUAUCGUAUCCGGUUUGGUCAAUGUUGGCACUGGCAGUACUACCGAAACCAUUGUUGAAUGCUAUUGGCCUGAGUUGGCCGGUUGACGACCGACACAAUCAGUUUUUCUUUGACCUGACCCGUAGUGUUAUCCAAGAGCGCCGCAAACAAGUGGCGGUUGGUUUGGAUGGUAGUGGCGGCGGUACAGGUAGUCAACAACAACAACAACCUAAGUAUACAGAUUUUAUACAACUUAUGAUGAAUGCAGAGAUGAUUGAUAGUAGUAGUGGUAGUAGUAGUGGUGGUAGUGAUGGUGAUGUCGAUGACUGGCCCGACCUAUUGAACGAUACUAUUGAUGCACAUCAUGUCAACGAUGAUGAAGCCAAUGAAGAGCAGGAAAUUAAGCRAAAAAUGUCGGCAAUGAUGGCAAACAACAACAAACAAAAACGAUUGACCGAAACGGAAAUCCAGGCCCAGGGAUGGGUAUUUUUUUUGGCCGGUUUCGAAACUACSGCCACAACACUGGCCUAUGUUAUGUAUGAGCUGGCAAUGAAUCCCCGGAUUCAGGAUCGGCUMUACCAGGAACUGGUCCAAGCAUUUGGUAACGUUGUCGUCGGCACCGUCGACACCGAUAGCACUACAGRUGCYGCCGCCGAUCCGCUAACAUACGAUCGUCUAACGAAACUACCGUUUCUCGAUGCUGUUGUAUCGGAAACCUUGCGCAUGUAUCCAGUGGUUGCCUCAACCGAUCGUAAACUCAUAGCUGGCACCUAUAGGUUAGGCGUCGGCGGCCAAUCGGSUAUUACACURACGGCUGGCCAAGAAAUAUCUAUACCUAUCUAUGCUAUACAUCAUUCCCAGCGAUUCUAUCCGAAUCCCUGGCAAUUCMAACCGGAUCGUUGGCUACCUGGCCAGMCCAGUCAYCAAGUGCURCCCUAUACAUACCUGCCGUUUGGUGCCGGYCCCCGUAAUUGUAUUGGUAUGCGAUUUGCAUUGAUGGAAAUCAAACUAAGUCUGGCACAGUUGGUCCGRCGGUUCCGGUUUAGCCGUACCCCCCRWACGGCYGUUCCGCUAGAGUUCCGGAAAGUUGUCCGAUUAAUAUCAGCCAAACAGAUACUGAUUGGUAUUGAACAGAGAGARAGACAUUUAUUACAUCCAAUAGAUAAUCAAAACAAAUAA